AUGGUAUACAUACGUGGCGGCAAACACGGUCCAAUAAAAUGUCGUGCUCUACUAGAUACGUGCGCUUCCGCGAACUUUUUAACAGAAUCGAUCGCGAGAUAUUUGAAGGAAGAAGUGACGGCACAUUCUUCGCCAAUUAGCGCGAUCAAUGGCAUGAAUACUAAAUCAAAGGGCAUAGUACAAAUUACAAUUCAAUCUAUACAUGAUAACUUUUCUAAAGAAUUGACCUGUUUGACAAUUCCGACUAUAACAGAUUUAGUUCCGUCUGAAACCUUUCCGCGCAAUUCAGUUAAGAUACCGUCAAAUAUCAGAUUAGCAGAUCCGGAUUUUCAUUUACCGCGACAUGUUGAUUUACUGAUUGGCUCGGGAGCGUCACUAUCGUUGUUCGCUAUUGGUCAGAUAAAUUUGUCCCGUGAGGGAUAUGACUUAUACUUACAAAAAACGCGAUUAGGAUGGAUAAUCGCUGGCGGCACAUCAUCGCAAAAAUCGGGAAGGGCUGUAACAUGCCAUUUAACGCGUUUGGAGGAUUUGAUACAGAAGUUUUGGGAAAUCGAAGAGAUCGGAUUAAAUAAACCGCAAACAGAGGAGGAAGUCGAAUCUCUGCAAUAG